UACAAGGCUAUCAAAAUAUUAAAACUAUUAAAUACUUAGGAAGGUAUAAUUCAACUAGGCAACCUAUUUGCAAUGUGUCAAUGUGAAUACUAAUUAUCUAUAACUUAUUUCUUAUCACAAAUAAGUAACAAAUGAGGGUAGAUAUUCCUUAUAUCGUAUCUCCUACUCAUUUAUUUAUUUAUUAGCAGACUGACCCUUUAAUCAAAUCUUUCCAGUUGUUAUUCCCAUCUGCCUAUUCCGAAGUGAAUCAAAUCGUAAUCAGUAACUUGUUAGAAAGGCGGAAUCUAGCAGUUUAUUCACUUGCCUUGCAUAGGUGUUAAGAAUUUUGACAAUAUUUGGAUUGUUUUAUAUUGAGAUACUUAUAUAGAGACUUUCUUUCGCGUAAUUAUCGUAAGUCAUAAUGUAAUGAUAGUCAUAUUAUCAUUAGUCAUAACUCUGUAACCGUUAACUUUUCAGGAAUUUUCUUAGGUUAUCCUAUAUAUAGGUUAUGUUAGGUUUGUUUUAUGGCAAUCCUGAAAAGUUACGCGUUUCUGAGAAAAACCAAAUUAUGGCUAACGAAAAUGCGGACAAGCAAUACAUUAUGACUUAAAACUUUAUGGGAAACAAUAGAGACCCAGUUUUGAGUCUAAGGACAACACAAGAGCUUAUAAUUACUAUAAAAAUGUUUGUUUGGUCAUUUUAAAUGCCAAAAAAUAAGACUUUUGAAAGUGUUUCAGGCUACCGUAAUGGCAACGGUUUAUUAUCAUAGUCUGUAUUCUUAUAAAUAAAACUUAGAUUAAGACGACACUUAAACAUUUACUCAAACUAAACGAAGACCAAUUUUAUUAUACAAUUUUAAUAUCUUUUGUCAUGUGUAUAAUUAUGCUAUGACUCAAUAAUAGGUUGUUUGUAGAUAUUAACAUAUUUAAUUAACAUGUAAAACAUGGAUCUCAUUACUAUCAAUACAUAUUAAUUAUAUUUGUAUACCACAAAUAAAAUAAUCCAAAACUUCAGUCGUGAUUUGAGGUUCCAAAUGUCUUUACUCUUCGAUGAGUCUUUGAAAUCAAUUGAAUUUCUUUUUAAAUAUGUGGGGAUAUAUUUGGAUCGUACAAUUCUGAAUACCGCCGAACAUAUAAUAAAAUUCCGAUCAUUAUAUGUAAUAAACUUCCUUUGGCUGAACACGGAUGUUAUCGCCGAAAUAUUAUGGAUCAUACAGGGCGCUCUACAUGGAAAAAGUCUAAUCGAAUUGACUUAUAUAGUGCCCUGUACAACUUUAUGCAUGCUUGCAAACAUUAAAACCCUCUCCCUGGUUUUUAAUGAUGUUAAAGUAAAGCAAUUAUUCGAACAACUUCGGAACAUGGAGAAUAAUAUUAAUAUUGACGAUGAAGUAGUUAAGAAGAAAAUCGUUGUUGAUGGGAAAAAGUUUUUAAGGGCUGUUAUAAAGGCUUUGAGAGUAAUCAACACUCUUACACUGAUAUUGUUUAGUGUGAGCCCGUUAUUGUUCAUGGGAUUAGAAUAUAAGAAGUCGGGACAGAUUGAGCUGGUGCUACCGUUCCUGAUUGUUUAUCCGUUCAAUCCUUAUGACAUCAAAUACUGGCCUUUUGUAUACGUGCAUCAAGUUUGGGGGACAUACUUAGUGCUGACCCAAGUUUCUGGAACCGACUGCCUCUUCUAUACAUCCUGCACUAGCAUUUGCACGCAGUUUCGCUUGCUGCAAAACGACAUUGAAACCAUUAUUCCUGAACGUAAUUUUGACGAAAUUGUGUUUCGGGAGGAGUUUAAGAAGUUAGCUGUUCGUCAUGACGGCAUCAUGCAGUCAGUAAUUCAAUUGGAAAGCAUCUAUACGAAAUCGACGUUAUUCAAUUUCGUGACAAGUUCAUUCCUGAUUUGCCUGACGGGAUUUAAUGUCACGGCUCUAGGCGACAUAGGGUUCAUGUUAUCCUUCUUCUCCUUUUUGCUGAUGAGUCUGAUGCAGAUUUACCUACUCUGUUUCUACGGAGACAUGAUUAUGACAUCGAGCAUGGAAGUAAGCAACGCCAUGUACAAUUCCAAAUGGUAUACAGUGAACGCAAAAGUAGCAAAGCAUCUGUACGUGGUUCAAAUGAGGGCACAGAAACCCUCCAAGUUGACGGCAUACAGUUACGCCGACGUUAACCUGAAGGCUUUCACAAAGAUAUUAAGCACGGCUUGGUCAUACUUCGCUCUUCUGAAAACUAUGGAGAGCCCUACGCGAGCUUAGUUCGUCACUUCAGUUGUAGUUCUAGAGCACAGAUUUUAAUUUGACUCGUUUAGAUCCACUCGACCCACGUUUAUGACCUCUCCAAACGUCACAUAAUCGAACGUAAUUUGCAAUACAUUGUGGUAUUUGGUUGAUCCAUUGAAUUCAUUACUCUUAAUUUGCUAGCGAUUAUAUGAGAUUGCUUUAGAUAGCGCGCGAAUUAUGUUUGAAGCUUUAGCAGAGUGUGAAACUGAUUCACCCGUUUUCUGCACCUUGAUUUCGUGCCUGCUACCCCGAUUGUUUUUGAUUUUUAGUCCCGUGGCAAAGAGAGCAGAAACUUGUUAACAUCGUUUACACAACGAUUUACGUGCAGGAUCAGUCAGUGGGUCAAAAUUGUUAACGAUUUG